UUUACCUGCUGUGCCACAAUGUAAAGCUCUAUCGACGAUCUUUGCCUACAUUUCAAUACAAUACAUGGAGUCAUGUUAGCCCCAAUCAACAAGCUUCUGGGAGGGAGGAAGGUGAUCCUUGCAAGCCAGUCACCUUGGAGGAGACAAAUAUUGGAGAAUAUAAGCUUUCCAAUGGAAGUGAUUCCAUCAUCAUUUGAGGAGAAUCUGGAUAAAAGUCAAUUUGCUCAUGCUUGGGAGUAUGUUGUCAGUACCUCAGAGGGAAAGGCGAUUGAUGUAGCAUCCAAGCAAAAAGGCAGGCCUGACUGUGCAGUGACAGUCGGAGCAGACACAGUAAUUGAGAAAGAUGGAGAAAUCCUGGAGAAGCCACACACACCAGACAAUGCCAGGAAGAUGCUCAACAAACUAAAUGGUACCACACACAAUGUGUACACUGGAGUGACUCUAGCCUGGUGGGCGGGGUCAAUGGGCGGAGAUAUGAAUACACACUCGUUCUAUGAAGGGACAGAGGUCACUUUCUCUACGCACAGCGAUGACAUCAUUGAGAGCUACAUAGAGUCAGGGGAGCCAUUGGAAAAGGCUGGAGGCUAUGGGAUACAAGGCCUGGGGGGUACACUAGUACAGGGGGUUCGUGGUGACUAUCUCAACGUGGUUGGGCUCCCUCUACACAGACUAUGUGUUGAACUGCUGACUGUACUCAGAUCAAUGAACAGAUGAUUUGUUUUAAUUUCAGUUUUUAUAGGAUUAAUGAUGUAAAAAUUGGUCAGUUUC